UUCUCUAUCAUCAACCAGAACAACUUCUCCAAACUUGUCGCUUUUAGUUGAGAUUACAAGCAUGUCUCCGCAGCAGGGUCAACAGAUCGAUCUGACCUCGUUGAGCGCACAGCAGCUGUCGCAACUCAAAAAACAGCUUGAUUCCGAGCUCGAACACCUUACCUCGUCCUUCCAGUCGCUACGCACCGCACAAUCAAGAUUCCGAGACUGUCUGAAGAGCAUAAAGACAGUAGAAGCCCAAAAAGAAUCCGGUACGGAAGCCCGAUACAUGCACAGGAGAACGAAAGCACAUCCCCACCUCAUCCCACUUACCUCCUCGCUCUACGUCCCCGGACACUUCUCGCACAUUGCCCCGUCGGAGCUCUCCCUAGAGGGCACCGGCAGCGAGCCGGAGUUGCUGGUCGAUGUCGGUACAGGCUUCUUCGUCUCCAAGUCGCCCAAGCAUGCUACCGAGUUCUAUAAUGAUAAGAUCAAGGACCUGGAGGCGAGUCUGAAGGAGUUGGAGGGCGUGAUCAAUGCGAAAGGGCAGAAUUCGAGGGUCGUGGAGGAUGUCCUGAGACAGAAGGUGCUGGCGGGACAAGGUGGUGGGAGUGGAGAGGGGAAGGAGAUUGAGGCUAGUUGAGGGAAGCACAGGGUAGAAUCGAUACUCGGGUUCGAGAGGACGGCGAAUUCGUGCGACUGGUCUCCGCAACCAUAUAUGCGAUGCGACGAAGAAGGAUGUCACUGCGACAUGGGCAGAGUAAGAAG